AUGAGCUUGAGUCCAAGCUCCAUCCGUGCGGUUCUCAAGUCGGCUGGUCAACGCGCGGGAGGCGUGCCGGAACUGGAGCGACCUGCGAGGCCGGAAGAAAUCGAAUCGGCUGUCGCUACAGCUGAUGGUGGGGAGGGCCUCGUUUCGGUAGGUUUGCCAGCAGGAUCGUCUCGCGAAAACCGGUCGCCGGCUACGCGAGGCCGGUCGAGGACGCCUCGGCGUGGCCUGAGCGUCGGCAGAGACCUCAUGCCUAACUUCCUCCGCGCAGCGAGGGAGCCCAAGCCUCAACCCCACGGCCGCUCGAGCGGCAGUGUCGGCGGCCAUCGCCAAGGGCAACGGUACGGCUGCUAG